ACACUAGGUAGCGCAUCUCUAGCGCUGCCUGACUGACUUUUCCCAAUCAGCUGGAUAUAAAAUCAAAAUUUGUAAAUAAUUUAAGGCCUAAGGCUUGUAAAGGCCUUAUUUGUUAAUUACUAUCAAGGAACAAUAUCUGGACCAGAAAAAUGGGUCAAAUUAUGGGAACUUUGGGCACACGGAAUGUUGGUCUUCAAAUGAAUGAUCAACCAACAUUCGACCCUCAUAUCGGAUUUGAUCAAGAGCGAAAACCAAGAGUAAUGGUUGCUCGUGAGGAAGAUCUAAUUUCUGCCAAGAUCCCACAUCAAAACCGUGACUAUUGUGCUCAUUACUUGCUGGACUACCAGUCCUGCCGCUACAAGAAUAUGCCACUCUUGUACAAGUGUGCCCAUGAGAGACAUGCCUAUUUGACCUGCGAAAAGGAUGACUAUAUAAUCCGCAUGAAAGAAUUUGAACGCGAGCGUCGUCUCCGGCUUCGUGAAAAGCGGCUUGUUGGUGUUGCAUAAAAGUUAUAUCCAUCAUAUUUAUUAGAAAAUUAUGUUGUAAAAGGGUGUAAAUAGACCAUAAAAACCGCUAAA